AUGAUAUCGCGUAAAUGCAAUGUUAAACUUUGUUUAUAUGCCAUAACACCUUUUGUGGGCAUAGCUAUUUUUGGUACCAAAUACCCACGUCUUACGAAAGGCAUUGAACGUGAAGUGAAAAACGAACAAAGUGAGAUCUUACUGUCCGCACUUGACGAUGCAGCGAGAAAUAUCAUUCGCGUUGUCAAUAUCGAAAAGGCGUUUAGAUGCGAAUAUUGUGAAGACGUAUUCUACAUGGAAAAUGCUCUGAACAGCCAUAGGAUUAUCCAUAAAGGGAUAAAAAAUCCCUUCACUUGUCAUAUCUGUAAAGUAUCUUUCGCUACGUAUUCUAGAUGCACGACACACAAAACUACCCACGGCUUUUACAAGCGCAGUACCGCUGAGGGUCGUAAUGAAGGUACCGCGGGGCCUGCCAGCGCUGGCAUUCUCGGCUACGGUGGGUUUCCCGUUGUGAAGCACUUUCUAUGUGAGGACUGCGGUCGCUCGUACCUCCACUGGACGUAUCUCCAAGUGCAUCGUCGUAUGAAACAUGCGAAUGAAAAUUAUAUUUUCAAAUGUAAUCAAUGUGAGAUGACAUUUCCAAACAGUUGGAGUAUGACAUAUCAUAGAAAGAAAAUACACGGGAAAAGUGGACAGGAUGACAACGGAGGUUUCACGAAAAUAAUAAGAGAGAAUUACAGGAUUCCCUGUCGUGAUUGUGACGCAGUAUUGUCAAACAAAACUGAUCUCUAUAAGCAUAGGAAGAAGGAGCAUUGUGACGAUUCGCAGUUUAUUGAUAAUGAGGAUAACAUUCAGACAACGAUUUGCGGCCAGUGUGGUCACAAUUUGCACAACGGUACCGCUUUGCAGAAACAUAUCAAGGAGGUGCACGGCGCGGGGGGCGCAGGGGGCGCGGGGGGCCCGGCGAGCGCGGCGCGUGCGCACGCGUGCCCCGUGUGCGCGCGAGCGUUCCGCUCGGCGUCCGUGCGCGACGAGCACGUGCGCGUGCACACGGGCGAGCGCCCCUACCCGUGCGACGUGUGCGGGGUCGCCUUCAGGAGGUUGACAGCUAUGCGGAACCACAGAUUAAUCCACACCGGGGUCCGUGUGUGGGCCUGCACAAGAUGUCCCAAACGUUUCAGGAUUAAGUCCGAUUUGAGGACGCACCUGAGACUUAAGCAUCCAUCGCAUUUAGUUGUUAUAGAGUUCGAAGGUACGAAUUGCAAUCCUGAGGAAAUAACGCAACACUUGGCCCUGAACAAUAUAGCGGAAGACAAGGUCAUCGAGAUUACGAUGAUCACCUUUGCCAAGGACUCAAGAAAUAUUAUACCGAACUCUUCGCGUGCUCUAUCCCUACUAAGUGACGUUCCGAGAACACAGAUCGUGGGCGAGAAACUUCCAGAACCGACCGAUAUGGUCCAUUCGUUUUUACAAUCCAGACGCGGCCGUGGUAUCGCUAAAACCCAAAAACUGGUUCAACAGCACCAAAGUCAAGAAUAUUCCUUAAGUAUGAACGCCGAUAACGACAAUUUAUCGAACUUGAACGUGCAACUCUUGCUUCAACAUAGCGCUCCUGUCAACGGAAACGAAAUGGUGCAACUACAGCUCGAUGAUAGAUCUUUUUUAGGAUAAACGUACA